UCUGGGCAGCGCAACCAUUUGGUAACACUGGGGGCAAAUGUAUGAGCAUACAAGGAUAUCGACGGUCUGAAGUAAUGUUCAAAAUGCGUCCGCUGCCCACCGCGUAUCGUUUGUGCGCACACAUCUGUACCAUCUUGGUUGCCUCAUCGACCCUAACGCACCUCACCUCUGCGCAGUCAGUAGUCGCCCAUCAUGGCAACAACGGAUACCAAGCAUGCGGACCAGGCCAAUGUCGAGCAGGACGUGGCGGUCGGGACGACAUACGUGCCAGACCUUAACGACAAGGCCAUGGAGAGGCGCGUUGUCCGCAAGAUCGAUAUGUGGAUCCUCCCGUUCAUCUGUAUAUCGUAUCUUAUCAACUACCUCGAUCGCGUGAACUUGGGUAACGCACGAACACUUAACAACAACACACCUGAGAGCAAUCUCGUCAAGGAACUCGAUCUCACAGGAAACCGCUACAACAUCGCCGUCGCUGUCUUCUUCGUGCCUUAUGUCGUCUUUGAAGCACCCAGCAAUUUUGCAAUGAAGUUCUUUACACCUUCAGUAUGGAUUGGCCGUAUCAUGAUCAGCUGGGGUAUCAUCACCAUCUGCACAUGCGCUGUGAAGAGCUUCGGAGGUUUGCUCGCGAUCCGAUUCUUUCUCGGGGUCGCAGAGGCUGGCUUUUUCCCUGGCGUUGUAAUGUACCUCUGCUACUGGUACAAGCCCUCCGAGCGCGCGACCCGUUUGGCCAUUUUCGCCGGUUCCGUGGCGGUUGCCGGAGCCUUCAGUGGACUGCUGGCGACCGGUAUCUCAUUCCUCAAUGGCAAGGCCGGUCUCGCAGGCUGGCAGUGGCUCUUUGUCCUCACGGGAAUUCCUGCCGUAAUCUUCGGUGUCAUCGUCUGGGUCUGGAUGCCCGACUAUCCUCAGGAUGCAAAGUUCUUCACUGAAGAAGAGCGAGCUUUUGCGGUCGCCCGAAUGGGCCCAUUCGCGCCUAACAAGGAGGAUAAAACCUUCAACGUGAAGAUCGCCAAGCAAACGCUUCUGGACCCCUUAUUCUGGAUGUACGCGAUCAGCUAUUUCUUCAUGGUGAACAGCCUAAACGCCUUCUCGUACUUUAGCCCUACGAUUGUUGCCAACCUGGGUUUCUCUGGCUAUGUUGGUCAACUGCUCACAGUACCACCGAACGUAUUCGCCCUGAUCAUCAUUCUGGCCAACUGCAUCCACUCCGACUACUCCAAGGAGCGCAUUCGUCACGCACUAGCUGGCCUGGCCCUUGUCGGCUCCGGCUACCUUAUUUUGGCGCUGGUGACGAACUGGAUCGGCCGCUAUGUUGCUGUUUUCCUCAUUGCAUGCACUAACUCAGCCGUUAUGCCUUUCCUAGCCCACCGCACAGCCACUGUGUCAGGUUCAACAGCAACUGCUCUUGCCACUGGUGUGACAAUCGCCAUCUCGAACUGCGGAGGCAUCAGCGCCCCAUUCCUCUUCCCCGGUACCAAUGGUCCGAACUACCCUAUGGGCAAUUGGACCGUCUUCGGCAUGCUCUGCGCUACGUUCCUCAUGACCAUCUACCUUGGUUUUAGACUUGGAACCAGCUCCGAGUACCGCGACUUUGCGCCCGGUGCAGCUGAGCAGUUGGCGGCGAGGACGAGUAUCGAUGGCAAGAUUCCAAAUGACGCGAGGGAUUCGCGUGAGUUUCCUACUCCCAAGCAGGACAACGAGAAUGCCACAAAAGUCUGAGGGUGAUUUGGUCGCGAAAAUAAAAA